AUGACAUCACCUUGUAUCACUGUUCUUUACAUGACAUCACCUUGUACCACUGUUCUUCACAUGACAUCACCUUAUACCACUGUUCUUCACAUGAUAUCUCCUUGUACCACAGUUAUUCACAUGACAUCUCCUUGUACCACAGUUAUUCACAUGGCAUCUCCUUGUACCACAGUUAUUCACAUGCCAUCUCCUUGUACCACAGUUAUUCACAUGACAUCUCCUUGUACCACAGUUCUUCACAUGAUAUCACCUUGUACCACUGUUCUUCACAUGACAUCUCCUUGUACCACAGUUCUUUACAUAACAUCUCCUUGUACCACAGUUCUUUACAUGGCAUCUCCUUGUACCACUGUUCUUCACAUGACAUUUCCUUGCACAACUGUUCUUCACAUGACAUCUCCUUGUACCACAGUUCUUUACAUUACAUCUCCUUGUACCACUGUUCUUCACAUGGCAUCUCCUUGUAUCAGGUUUAGGCUGCACACUCAUGGGAGCUGA